CCGCGUACGUGUCGCGUUCGUGCUUCGCGUAGCCAGCUAGAGCAACCCGUAGAUUUCCCUCCGUCGAACGACGACGGUUCGUUUCAUUCGACACGCGUUCGGAGACCUCCGCGUUUACCUAUCAAACUGAAUCGUAUCUCCGAUAAGAUUCAACCUCCUACUCGAUAUAUCUCUCGCGAACCACGUUUCGACGAUAUUCAACCCUAAUUCGGUUCGAACGUUAAACGAAUCGCGCUCGAGGGAUGCUUUCGAAAACCGAGUCUCGCAAGCUGCACGCUCUACGGAACCUUUCCGACUCGCGAUCGCCGACUGAAACUCCGCAGUCGAGGCUGUACCUCCACUACUUCACCGUGCUGUUCUCGAUUCUGUACCCUCAGAUCUCGUCUCUUCGAGUCAAUUCCGAAACUCGAGUUUCCAAUCGAGGCUGGUGAAGCGGGCGCGCGGAACGUCGAGGACUCCGUGAUUUCGCGGUCUCCGGAAAAUGUUCGGCUGCGACGCGAGCAUCCCCGAGCCGGUGCAGGCUUCGACCGGGGAGUCGAGGGAAUAGGACCAGAGGGAUGUUCCGUCGGCGACGCGGCGAGAAAUGACGGCUGCCCGUUGACGUUUGUGCCGUCAAGUGCGAGCGUGCCCCGAGAUUAUCAGAACGAAGUGCCGGAGGGACGGAGAGUGAGAAAUGUACCUCGGCCAUCGGAAGGAUAUCGAUUCCUGCAAAUUACCGCGGCGCGUCCACCGGCGGCACAUUUAUGUUUUCGCCUCGUCGUCCAGCCCCGGGAAACUCCUCCGAGCGACCGAGGGGAUCGUGUGUUCCCUGAAUUUAUCGUCUCUCAGACACGAAGAUGCUCGACGCGACCGCUCCGAACCGUCGCGCGUGCCUCGAUUAGCGUGAACAGCCACACUUCGACACGGAUGACCCCACCUGGAUAUGAAUUUGAAAUCUAAAUGGCUCUUCCUUGGAAUACUGAAUACCAUCCUCCUUGAAUAUGGUUCCACGAAAUCGACGAUGGAAGAACCAGAAGAGUUCGCCGGUUUAAAGAUUCAUUCGCCAUCCUCUCACGUCGCUCUUUCCGGGGACCUCACCGUGUUCAUCGCGAAGACGGAGCAAUUAUCGGAAGACGUGUCGUACAGUAACGAGUUAAAUAGGGUAGACGGCGAAGAUAGCGAGCUACUAGACAAUUUUCCUAACGAAUCGCCUCUAUUGCGAAUAUUGUACCUCUUUAACGACGUAUCACAGUUAAUCGGAGAAAUUCAAUUAGAGAAGUUGCCUUCAGAAAACGAGACCGUCUCGAUUGUAAUUCCUUGCGGGUAUUUCACUCGCGGCGGUAUCUACGCUCUGCGAUUAGAGUACAAAUACAAAAAUUUGACAGUGCCUGUUUCCUCCCUUUAUCAGACGAGUAAAAUCCUAGACGUGAAGUGGCCGACGCCGAAAAUUUUCUUAGAGUCACAAGUGAUCGAUACAUAUCCGAACAAACGUGUUGCGACAACUAUAAAAUACGACGAGACGAGUUGCAGUCCUUUGGAAAAUGUUCCUGUAGCUGUCUACAUUUUACAGUUAAUAUAUUGUGGGUCUAGCGUGACUGCUUGUUAUUUACAGAAUAAUACUCACACACAGAUUCUCUACUACGAAGAAGUAAGAGGCUUUAUUCCGUCGAAGACUGUUUUUUUUCGGUGUGAAUUUUUCGGGCUGCCGGGCAACUACGCGAUCCGGCUGAAAGCUUCGAAUCUGAAUCCUACAGCACCGAAUACUAGUUUGUAUUUCAAGGUGAACUGGUCGGAGGAGUUCAAGCUGACGGUCCACGCGAGAUCGAUAUAUCCUUGCGAAGGGCCAGGUGGUGUGGCCGUCCUUUUCGAAUAUCCUUCCUGUCGCCUGGAAGGCGAUCGUGUUCGCGUUUACGGUCGGCUGAGGGCUGAUGUCACUUCCGUCGCCUCACCUUCCAGUCUUCACUACAUCACCGAGUCGAGAUCGAUCCCCGGCAAACACUCGUUGACGUUCGAUUGCGAUCUGUUCACGGAGAAAUACGUCGAGUACUGCUUCAUCUACGUCAGCCAGGCGAUCACGGGCGCUAUGAUGGACGUUAAAAUAACUUGCAUACCCACCUUCCCUUUUCAAGAAGGCGACAUCGCUGGGUGGGGACCUUGGAGUCCUUGGAGUCCGUGCAGCAGCUCCUGUUUCGGCGGAAUUCGAAAUCGUUAUCGCUUCUGCGACACGCCGCCCCCGAAGUACGGGGCUAAAUUCUGCCAGGGAAAAGCGGUGGAAACGAAGUUCUGCGGGAGAAUAUUCUCGGACGAUCUGGACAAAAGCGAGUGGCACAAUCGAAUCGACAGCGGCGACUGCCACGGGGCAGUUUUGGCUGCGACCAAGCCAGAAAUUGCGGCUGAAAUCGGAUCGCAGUGUCGUUGCGGCUGUCGCGUUAGAUUAGAGGAGCAACUUUCUAGAAAAAUUCUUGGAGCGAAUACUCAGUCGUGCCCUGGCCGGUCGUUUUGGCUCUUGCAGGCACGAGCAAACUUCGUGAUCGGCUUACACUUAGACCAAUUACAAUUCCCUUGCCCGGGACAAUACUUCCGUGUCCGGGACGGCAACUCUCUGAGUGCGGAUCUCUUGACCGACGUUGCCUCGGAUAAAAUGCAACCCACCGCGAAAACGUUGAUCAGCACGGGAGAAAAUUUAUUGUUGGAGUUUUUCAGCGACGAACUCACGGCUUCCGGAGACGCUUGUAUCGGUGGUUUUCUUGCUCACGCUGCCAUUCUAGAUAAAAAGUAUUUAAAAAGGAAUGGGAGCAUAACCGUUGUGCCUUUAGAGAUUGACCCGGCGGAUGCGGAAAGCGAAUGGUUCUUUUGGAAACCAGCGCAUUUAGUGACCGCGUUGCUUUUGAUACUGAUGUUCGUCGUCUCCAUUAUCUUGACGCUGCAAUUUGUUAUAAAGUACAGGAAGUAUCGUAUCGCCGAAGACAUGGACUCCUUCAGCGACGUCUCCGAAUUAAUGCCCGGAAGAUCGAAAUUUCUGUCGACGAGCACCAUUAUAUCAGACGUGAUAUCAAUGAUAGAAGCGACCGUGAAAGAUGCGCCGAAGGACACUGUAUGCGAGACAGAAGAACGUUACAACAGUACUGAGACGUUAACCGGGUACCAAGACGGUUCCACAGUGAGCUCUAGCACGUUGAAGUUGAACAACACUAUGGAAAGUUCGUCGGAUAAGACAAUAACAUCGAUCAAAUCAAACUGUGAUAAAUUAUUAUCAGCCUCCAGUAUCUUCGUUCUGAAAAAGCCGGAAGUGAAAUAUGCUUACCCUGUAAAAUUGCGGACGAUAGACUUCGAUAAUUCAGAAGCGAAGCCAUUGAAGUUAGACGACGAGAAACUCCAAAACGACAGAAGCAAUUUGAAUACGAGCCAGAGUAACGAGACGAACUCCUCGAACGAAGAGAAGCAGCAAUCGUCUCCGGAAAGCGUGCUUUCCAGUCCGUCGACUUUAGGGAGCGGAAAGGAGACGAAAGAGAGAAGGAACCGCGAGAAACUGCUGCAAGGGCCAGGCUCGGAGUUCAGUUUAGCGAAUCCCGACUCCGAAAUGGAAAUAGAUUAUUACGAUUACAACGUGGCGAAUGCCAGCGCCGUUCCUGGAUCCUAUUUAGGAAUGGAUCCCGCUUUCCUCGUGUGGAUACCGCCUGUCGACGAGUUCAAGCUCGACGCGGAUGAACUGAUCUUAGGAAGCAAAAGGAAUUCUAUUUUGACUCUCGAAACCGAAGGCGCCGCGUUAACUCCAUCCGAGUACAGAAGAAUGAAGUUAUCCAAUUUCGAGGAUUUCGGAUUUGACUUGCAACAAGGCGACAGAUAUUUGCAUACAGGGGAGAAAUACUGCCACAAUUUUAAUUACGUAAAUCUAAAUCGGGACGACCCCUCUGGAAAUUCGAAAGCGAGAACAUACGAAAAAUUAUUUCCCGUUCGAAAAAUUCUGGAAGAUUCCAGCGUUAAAGUCAGCAUGGAAUCUAUAUCUGGCGCUCUUGAACAUAAACAGUAUUGCGUUAUUCCGAACAGGAGGGUGCGCACGGACAAAGAGAGCGAACCCUGCGAAGAGUCGAACUCGCCGAGAAGCGUCGGCAGCCCCAUAAGCGGGCACGGGGAGUCCCGCAAAGACAGGUCGAUCUCCGCGCCGAGAAAAGCACUGCAGGAGGAAGCUCUGCUGUCGAAGGCGAAGCACGGCCCGAAGCAGAAAACGAUCUCGCGAGGCGCGGAGGAGGACGAGAACGUGUCGUGCAAGUACAAGGAAUUGACCGAGUGCGCCGAGCCGUUGGUGCACAAGAAGGACAUGGUGAACAUACCGAUGACGGAGCUGUCCGGCAGUCCACUGACCAAUUUCGCGCAGGUGCGCAAGCUGAACAACAAGGAGGCCGACAAGCCGUUCAACGUCGAGACCCACCAUUACGGGAUAGAGACGUUCUGCAUGAAGCAGGGCUCGUUCUGCGAUCAGAACAUCAGGUUCGUCGACGACGACGACGACGAUUACAUCGACUGAACGUGAAAUCCGUCGGGUUUCGGUCACCGAAGUUGACGCUUCGACGCUCAAAUCGGCUCUGGACGAGAUUUCUUUUUUGUUCAUUCGUUGGCUCUUGGGGAGAUGGAUUUCAGAGAGCAGGAGGAAAUUAUAUUUUUUUAUUUGAAAUCCUAGGAAUGUAUGUCAUUGUCCGAUUACACAGGCUGUAAGAACUUUUUGUUUUUAUCACGUGUAAGGACAUAUCACUUUGGCUAGUUUUUCUUUUGCGGAAUUCGUUGAUUCGUCCUAUUGGCUCAUGCGAACCGAAGAAAUAUAUAUACGAAAGAUAUAAUUUUCAACGGAAACAAGAACGCGAGCGGAAAGGAAAGAUCUCGUAUCCGAGACAGAUGUUCUAAACUAACCACGGAAUUGAUUGCAAUAAAAGUAAAUAGUUUUAGACUCGAGUACGAUUCCGGUGCGAUUAAGUAUUCUUAAGAUCGCUGACAAUUGCUGGAAUCGAAGUCCAAUCGUGUGUACAUAGAAGCAAUUAUAUUAUUAUCGGUAUAGUAAAAAUAGUACAAAUUAUACGGCACAGUACAAUUAUCCUCGGAACUCGAUUAUUUAUUUAUUUAUAUAUUUAUACACUGUGACAGACUUCUAGGAAGUACAUAACAAUCUGACAUGGCAAUGCACCGAGCAUCUAGAAUAAAGAAUAAAGAAUAUUGAAUUUAAACUACCCAUAUCGCUAUUAAGGAACACAAUGAACUAGUCGUUGCUAAACUUAAUAUUUUCUAAUGGAAUCCACUUUUUAUACAAACUGUUCGUCGACGGAAAGAAAAAAAAAUUCAGGAAAUUCAUUUCGAUUAUCUCGUGUACUUCGUACGUGAAUAUAUUUCUAUCGAUUUCAUAUAGAACUAUAGAAUGUAAUAAAAUCGUGCGCAAUGUGCUAUGUAUCUAGGUAUGUAUGUAAAUGGUUAUACACGUUUAGGAGUUUACUCGACGUUCAAAUAUACUGCGGUUCAUUUUGUAUUAAGCAACGUACGAAUUAUAGUUGCCGGUAUAUAAAUGUAUUUAAUGUAAAAAGUUUCUAUACUUCGUUACGUAUUAAGUUAUCGAGUAACUACCGAGUCCAGCCUGGAUCGCGUGAGUUUUUCAAUUUAUAUAACAACUCGUCAAUUUUCUAUCAACACUAUCGUCAUUAGAUUUUUCGAUUAGUUCGUCGUCCCAUAUUUUCGAUACGUAAGUGUGACUUCAUAUAUUACGCUACACGAUCAACGUUAUUAUUCUCGCGAACGACGCGCCGUCCGUUGCAGCGAACCUGGCACUUUCUUCUGAGUGGUCGGAUUCGGAGGAGCACGCCUCUCCUACACGGAUUUUCGAUUCUGCCGUAUGAUUCGCCGAGUCGCGCGACAGAGAGCGCGAAGGGCCGCCUCCGGACUCGCGAUUGGGCGUCUCGGAGCGACUGUCUCCGCCCCUGUGACGUCACGAGUGCCAGGUUCGCUGCAACGGCGGUACAUGCGAGUUGCUCGGAAGCCAGUGCGAUUAAGUCGAUUUUCUGAUGUUUUCUGAUUAGUCAUUAACACUCUCCGUGCCGCGUGGGGCGUGUACGAGCCACGCUGAAUUUUUCGUUCAGACCAGAAAUGAAUUUCUCAUUGAAAAACGAAGAACUUUUUAAAAAUUGAUGGUAGAGUCAAAUAUAGGCAUCUUAAUUUAAUUUUAUUUAACCCUUUGCACUCCGUAGGCGCCUUUCAGUCGCCAUUUGAUUUGACACAGAAAAAUUAUAGAGUUCGACGUUUAAUAUUAAACUUUGUACAAUGCAUCGACAUGUAAAAUAUUAAAA